CUCCGUAGACAAAAACAAACCAAAAUCUAUCUUCUGUCAUUGCUGUCGUCCUCAAUUGCGACUUUCGCACCACUCUCUCUCUCAUUCUAAUUAUAUAUAUAUAAACUAGGGUUUCAGCUCUCUAAUCGCUCUCAAAUGAGUGCUUCUUCUGGCACUGUUGCUCACAACAACAACAACAACAACAACAACAAAGACUCCGAAGAAGAAGAAGACUCAUCCUCUGCUACUGCUGCUGCUGCUGAUCCAGUUUCCGAUAGUGACAUGGAUAAAGCAGCCGGAGAUCCCAUGGAUGAGGAUGUUGUUAAUCCGGCUACGGUGUUUUGCAUUAGGCUUAAACAGCCUAGCUCUAAUUUGCAGUUUAAAAUGAGUGUUCCUGAAUUAUGUCGCAAUUUUAGUGCCGUUGCUUGGUGUGGAAAGCUAAAUGCUAUAGCAUGUGCAUCGGAGACUUGUGCACGCAUACCCAGUUCUAAUGCAAAUCCACCAUUUUGGAUUCCGAUUCAUAUUGUGAUCCCUGAGCGACCUACCGAGUCAACCGUAUUCAAUGUCAUUGCAGAUUCUCCACGUGAUUCAGUUCAAUUUAUUGAAUGGUCACCUUCGUCUUGCCCUCGCGCCUUACUUAUCGCUAAUUUUCAUGGGCGGAUAACUAUCUGGACUCAGCCUUCACAGGGAUCAGCUAGCUUGGUCAAAGAUGCUAGUUGUUGGCAGCGGGAGCACGAGUGGCGGCAAGAUAUUGCGGUUGUUACCAAGUGGCUAUCUGGGGUGUCUCCUUAUAGGUGGCUUUCCUCAAGAUCACAUGAUUCUACAAAGUCAACGUUUGAGGAAAAGUUUCUCUCCGAACAACCUCAAGCUCCAGCUGGAUGGCCGAACUUUUUAUGUGUAUGCUCGGUCUUCUCAUCUGGCUCUAUUCAGCUCCACUGGUCUCAAUGGCCUGCAAAUCAGAGCGGUACAUUUAAAUGGUUUUGCACCAGCAAAGGCCUUUUAGGAGCGGGACCAAGCGGGAUAAUGGCCGCUGAUGCAAUCGUGACAGAUUCAGGAGCAUUACACGUGGCGGGAGUUCCGAUCGUGAACCCAUCGACUGUUGUCGUCUGGGAGGUUACCCCUGGCCCCGGAAACGGAUUUCAAUCUACUCCAAAAACUAGUACCAGUAACGGGAAUUACGGGAUACCCCCAUCACUUAAUCCACCUUCGUGGGACGGUUUUGCUGUUUUGGCUUCGUAUUUGUUUAGCUGGCAGGACUAUUUGGUUUUAGAAGCUAAGCAAGGGAAGAAGCAGACGGAAGAAGAUUAUAGUGACAUGGUUGCGCUUCAUUGUUCUCCUGUUUCGAAUUUUUCCGCGUAUGUGAGUCCGGAAGCUUCUGCUCAAUCAGCAGCAACAACUACGUGGGGUUCUGGUGUCACGGCAGUUGCCUUUGACCCUACCUGCGGUGGCUCUGUGAUUGCUAUUGUGAUUGUCGAAGGGCAAUACAUGUCUCCCUACGACCCAGACGAGGGUCCGUCAAUUACCGGAUGGAGGGUUCAACGUUGGAAAUCAUCUCUGGAACCCGUUGUCCUGCAUCCAAUAUUCGGGAACCCGACAUCCAGUUUUGGCGGGCAGCCCCCCAUGCAGACGGUGUGGGUCACAAAAGUGAAUAAAAGCAUUCCCGCCACCGAUUACAUUAAAAACAACCAAUCGGCCCCCACAGCAUCUACUUCCAACACAUCUGAGUCUGACACUGAAAAGUCAAAACGGGUGGUUUUUGACCCGUUUGAUUUGCCUAGCGAUGUUAGAACUCUUGCUCGUAUAGUCUAUUCUGCUCAUGGCGGUGAGGUUGCUGUUGCUUUUCUACGAGGCGGGAUCCAUAUCUUUUCUGGCUCAAGCUUCACACCUGUCGACAAUUAUCAUAUCGAUGUUGUUUCUGCAAUUGCUUCUCCUGCGUUUUCUUCUACAAGUUGCUGUUCUGCUACUGUUUGGCAUGAUACAGUCAGGGAUUGCACUAUGUUGAAAAUAAUUCGUGUUCUCCCCCCUGCUGUUCCAAGCAGUCAAGUGAAAGCAAACUCUUCAACAUGGGAACGUGCAAUUGCCGAAAGGUUUUGGUGGAGUCUUAUGGUUGAAGUUGAUUGGUGGGAUGCUGUUGGCUGUACACAGAGUGCUGCCGAGGAUGGCAUAGUUUCACUAAACAAUGUGAUUGCGGUUCUAGAUGCUGAUUUUCAUUCUCUUCCUUCCACCCAACACCGACAACAAUACGGCCCCGAUUUAGACAGAAUAAAAUGCAGACUAUUAGAAGGUACAAACGCUCAAGAGGUGAGAGCAAUGGUGCUAGAUAUGCAAGCAAGAUUAUUACUAGACAUGCUCGGAAAAGGAAUAGAAUCUGCUCUGGUUAACCCUUCAGCUCUUGUAGUCGAGCCAUGGCUGGCAUCUGGUGAGACACUAAACAGCCUUGACCAUGAGUCAAUGGCGGUUGAGCCGGCACUUAUGUUAGACAUUCAGGCAUAUGUGGAUGCCGUGCUCGAUUUGGCUUCACAUUUCAUUACACGCUUACGUCGCUAUGCUAGUUUUUGUCGUACACUGGCAAGUCAUGCUGUAAGUUCUGGUACAGGUGGAAGCCGUAACUUGGUGACCAGUCCCACCCAAAGUACCGGCAGUCCUGGAGUUGCACAGGGUGGUCAAAAUGCGAGCGCAAGUUCUACUGCAAGCACUCCAAUCCAAGCAUGGGUACAAGGAGCUAUCGCUAAGAUCAGUAGCACUUCCGAUGGAGUUCCUAAUGCAACUCCUAAUCCCGUCACUGGUCCGUCUUCAUUCAUGCCAAUAAGUAUAAACACCGGAACGUUCCCUGGAACGCCAGCUGUCAGGCUUAUCGGGGACUGCCAUUUUCUCCAUAGAUUGUGCCAGCUUUUACUGUUUUGCUUUUUCUUCCGGCGGAUACACCUACCUCGAUUUCUCGGUGCUUCUCAAAGGAACAACACGGAUUCAACAGUGCAUAAACAUCAGCCUGGUAAGGUUGAGGAAGUUAACUCUGUUUCUACGAAAGUGGCAUCGACUUUGGGUAGAUCAGAAGAGUUGACCGUGUCUCGGGCUGGUCAAGCUGGCUCUGGAGCAAAAGGUUCUGAAGACGGCCCGUCAAAUAGGUCAAGAUACGGUUCGGGAAAUGCUGGUCAAGGAUACACAUUUGACGAGGUAAAGGUCCUGUUCCUGAUACUAAUGGAUCUUUGUAAAAGAACAUCCGGUUUGGCACACCCGUUGCCUGUUUCUCAGGUAGGUAGCAGCAAUAUCCAGGUCCGUCUUCACUACAUAGACGGAAACUAUACUGUUCUGCCGGAGGUUGUUGAAGCAUCACUUGGCCCACAUAUGCAGCAUAUGCCACGGCCUAGAGGCGCAGAUGCUGCGGGUUUGUUACUUAGAGAGUUAGAACUUCAUCCUCCAGCAGAAGAAUGGCACAGACGGAAUACAUUUGGUGGGCCGUGGUCUGACCCAGAUGAUCUGGGUCAGACCACUUCUACCGAUUCAGCCAGCUUCAGCUCGCUUGAUAGCAACGAUGUACGCCAAGAAGCCCAACAGUUAUGGCCAAGAAAACGCAGGUUGUCAGAGAGAGACGCAGCCUUUGGCUUGAACACUUCCGUUGGUUUGGGAGCGUAUCUUGGGAUAAUGGGGUCUCGCCGAGAUGUUGUGACGGCUGUCUGGAAAACUGGUCUCGGAGGAGUUUGGUACAAGUGCAUAAGAUGUUUGCGCCAAACUUGUGCUUUUGAUUCGCAAGGCGGCAGCAACAACACGUCUACUCAAAAUGAACAGGAGGCAUGGUGGAUCAGCCGCUGGGUUCAUGGUUGUCCGAUGUGCGGAGGGACAUGGGUUCGCGUUGUAUAGAAGAGUGCCUUGGCUAAGCUUUAGAGCGCCAGAGCCUCAAUUUUGAUCAUAUUGAUGUACAUAAAAUGUCGUUCCACAGAUGCAGAACUAGCCCAACAUGUGGAGUUCGGGCCGGGCUUUAUUGGCGAAUGUGUUAUAGGUUUGUUUUGACACGAGUUAAAAAGGCAAGAGAGGCCCCGGCUUAUGUAUCAGAUAUUACAUAUAAUCAUUUGUAUAUUCUUAAUGAUACAUAGACCCAAAGUUUUGUCGUUAGUUAUUCGCAUUGCGUGCCACAAUUUACUUGUUUGCGAAGUGUAGACAUGCUUUCCAACCCGUUAUGAUUUGAAACGAAUUUUAUCAGUUUUA